AUUUUAUAGGUCGGUCACACUGGAGAGGAGAACAACAGGAGUGGAUACGCAACAACACUGAAAACACAAAUGGCACACGGGGACUUUUAAGCACUCACCUGGGGAAAAUCUCAGUAUUUCAUGUCUUUGCCCUGCCCCGUCAUUGAUGGGAAAUCAACUGGAUCGGAUCACCCACCUGAAUUACAGCGAGCUGCCCACCGGAGAUCCAUCGGGGAUUGAGAAGGACGAGCUCAGGGUCGGUGUAGCCUAUUUCUUCUCGGAUGAAGAAGAGGACCUGGAUGACAGAUCGCAGCCCGAGAAUUACAAAGAUCAGAGCCCCAGCAAGGACGGUCACUUAGUUCUCAACGAGAUAGAAUACUCCGCUUUCUGCUGCCAGGAAUGUAUUUUCUCAAAAUUAAGAGAAAACGAAGAUUUGAAUAUUUACUCUAUAAAAACUUUGCUAACCAUGUGCAAGCCGGGGGACUUGCUGGAACUCGUACAUGUAGCCAACGAUCAGCCCCCGCACUGGACGAUUUAUGAAGGGGAUGAUCAAGUGAUACAUUUGCACAAAGGGGAAAUUCGCAAGGACAGCCUGUUUGAGAUCAGCAAUGGGCGACUGGGUAGAAUAGUCAACAACCGGUACCGAUACAGACCGCUUCCAGCAGAUCUGGUUAUGCAGAAUGCCUGUGGGCACUUGGGACUAAGCAGCGGUGAGAUCAGCUGGACAAACUCUGAAAGUUUUGCUGCCUGGUGCAGGUUUGGCAAACGGGAGUUUAAAGCUGGUGGGGAGGUUCACACUGCAGAGCAACAGUAUUUUCUUAAAAUCCACCUCUCGAAAAAUAAUGUGCAUACCCUGAUGUUUCACAGUUUGGAGGAUUUAAUCAGGGAAAGACGUAAAGUGGACGCCACUGGAAAGCUUAGAUUGCUUAAGGAAUUAUCUAUAGUAAGUGGGAAGGAGUAGGAACGUGCUAAUGCUGUUCAUCUUUAAAAACGGACCUGUUGAGACUUGCAUGCCUUAAACAAGGGCUGCGCCUUUUUUUUGGAGCAUUAACUUACCGAGGGUCAUUUUUUUUUUCAAAGAAAAAAAAACGUUCCUUUGUAUGGGUAGAUUCGAGCUUUCACGCAGAUUGUGAAAGUCUGCCCAACAGAUUCACCUCGUACCUUUAAACACACUGAGCACACAUUAGAAUAUUAGCAUUUUCUGCUUCGCAUACAAUCAUGUUGCUGUAGAUGGUGCCUGUUUCUCACUGGCCCAGGUUUGCCAGCGUGCACUGUCAGUUGUUUUUUUUUUUUGGUUUUUACCCCUUGGUUAGAUCGAUUUUUUUUCCUUAAUAUUUAAACAGAAAGUGGCUCUUUGUUCUAGUAACUACUCGAAAUGGGCACCCCUUUGUUUCUUGUAUGCGAUUUACGAAUGGUAAAUGGGUUACUGCAAGCAUUGAUUUAAUAUUAGCCAUAUAUAUAUAUAUUUCUUUUGCUCUGGUGUCAGAAGAUAAAAGUGUUCAUUUGUUUUGGAUCUCAUAUUUUUGUAUUUGAGAAGUUAAUAUAUCCUUUGUUUCAUUGAAAAAAUAAACAUAGACUGCUAAUAAUAAACAUAAAUGGUCUUUUAACUCUUGUGUAUUAUCCAUCCUGAAAUGACUCUAUUGAGUUAUGCGAACCUAAUUAAAUGAAUAUGUAAGAAAUAAGUAAACCCCCAAAGAAGUCUCUCCAAAACAUGUGGUUAACUGACUCAGUAAGGGUUAACCUAUGUACAAAAAUCCUGUAUCAUUGCAAAGGAUCACAAAAUUUUAAUAUUCAUAUAGAUGUGGUUAUAUUUGAAAUUUGUGUUUCUAGAUGAUUAUCAUGCAGUGCGGUUGCUGAUUAUUAGUAUGUGAAUUUUUUCAAUACACAAAAAAAUUGUGGGACUCUUCAGAAUUUUCUCUUAUGCAGCUAAAAACUCUCAAUGUAUUGAUUUUAAAUUGCUUUAUAAAAGCCUAACAUAAGGAUUCCAAUUAAUGGUAUUGAUACGUAUGCCGUACAUCUUAAUGUGCAGUAUCUGUAUAAUGUGAAGAUAACUUGACUUUUGAAUAUACAAAAAUACCAAAACAAACUAAUUCAAAGUAUAAUGAUUAAAUAGACUAGUCUCUGCAUGAAAAUGAAAUAAAAGGAUGGUAGAGAGUACUUAAUGAUUUAAAUUGAAUCCUGAAAUUAAAAUUCUAUAGAAGGAAUCAAGCACAUUGUAACCUAGACAUAAAAAAUGUACCUCUAGUUGGUUAUUUUUCUAUUUAUUGUUGUGCUUACAUGAACUCAAUACACUAUAAUAAUGAAUAAGAGAUUUAGACACUAUUUUUUAAAAGCAAACAUAUGAAUAGUUUAAUAAUGAAACUUAUGUAUUCAAUGGGCCUUGUAUAUAAAGUAUGUGCUUCUAUAAAGAAUAUACUGCACAUCUGAUUUUCUAUACCAUUACAGAUAACACAUUUUUAAAAAAAUAAAGCUGAAGAUAUGGUACAAAAUUAAAAGAAAAUACUGUAUGCUCCUUAAGCUUCUUUGCUUUGAUAGAAAGAAUGAAAGAAAAAUAAUUUACCAACAUUAGAGAUCACCAACAGUAAAAUGUAGAGCAUGACAACCUCAGUUUUGAUUUAGGCCCAAACUAGAGUAACAGCAGUGUUUGUUUUUUUUUUAUUUGGUAGAUAAUUCUAUUCCUGUGAGACUGUAAGGAGUUACAGUUUACAAUCUUUCAAAUCUUACUGUAUUGUUCUGGGACCUUUAAAUAAACAGAAAUUAGGGCUCUAUGUUUGAUAUUUGAUACUAUGAUAAAAGUUAUAGGGAUGAAAAAUAUUUUCAUUAACAGCUAAAAGU